UCUCAGUUCUCCAUUACGCUUCCCAUUCAAAAUCUCAUAUUUUUGUAGAACAAAUCCAAUUAAUUCUUGUUUUACGGUAACAACAAUCAAAUGGCAGGUAGAGGAAAAACCCUAGGAUCUGGAGCAGCAAAGAAGGCUACAUCCCGUAGUAGCAAAGCCGGUCUUCAAUUCCCCGUCGGUCGUAUCGCCCGUUUUCUCAAAGCCGGGAAGUAUGCUGAGCGUGUUGGUGCCGGUGCCCCUGUUUACCUUGCUGCCGUCCUCGAAUACCUUGCUGCUGAGGUGCUUGAAUUGGCUGGAAAUGCUGCGAGGGACAACAAGAAGACUAGGAUAGUACCAAGGCAUAUACAGUUGGCAGUAAGAAAUGAUGAGGAAUUGAGCAAGUUGCUUGGAGAUGUCACUAUUGCCAAUGGCGGUGUUAUGCCCAAUAUUCAUAACCUUUUGCUGCCUAAGAAAGCUGGUGGCUCCUCAAAGCCCUCUGCUGAUGAGGAUUAGAUUGGAAGGACAAUAGGGAGUUUCAAGUGUUAAGCCUUAAAUUUGGUUU